AUGAGCCAAGUUGAACAAAAAUUAAGUUCUAAUCGGUCUUCUAAAAAAGAAACAAAGAAAUUAGUACGUAAAGUUCACAAUAUUCCAGAAACGAUGCCAGUCACUUUGAUUGAAAAUUUGUCCAACGAAUUUUUUUAUGAAAUAUUUGAUUAUCUUCAUGGUAUUGAUAUAUACAAUUCAUUUUCAAAUCUUAAUUAUCGUUUUCAACAACUACUCAAUUCUUCAUCUCUUCUAUUUAAAAUAAAAGUUCAUACACAAUCUAAUGAAUCAUCUAUGAAUAUCUAUAAACAAAUUAUACUUCUUAACAAGCAUCAAAUAUUUUCAAUUGAUUUAUAUAUACCAUUACAGAACAAACAUUUCUUUUCGUUGUUUUCCAUCGAUUCAUCACUUGAUCAUCUCGAAUCACUUACUCUUAGUCAACUUGAUUCAAAUGUACUUUCGUCAGUUAUUUUUAAUUUAUCUUCUUUACCACGUCUUUUUUCAUUAACUAUUAACAAAUUCAAUAGUUCAAAAGAUUUAACUGAUACUUAUCGAAUUGUUCUUGCUUUACCCGUAUUGAAAUAUUACAAAUUCUCAGCAGAAAAUUUAGAUUUAUCAAUCUCAUUUCCUAUAUCAAACAAUAAACAAUUCAGUACAAUUAAAUACCUUGUUAUUGAUCAUUUUUGUACUGCUAGCCAACUACAUGCUAUAUUAUCUUAUACACCUCAACUUGAACGUCUCAAUUAUAUGGAUUUAGUCGGAAAUGAUAUAAAUAUUGGAAUUAUUUUACCAAUUACACUAUCAAAUUUAACACAUGUUUCUAUAUGUACAUGGGUGAAAACGUUUGAUAAAUUUGAAACAUUUAUUAGUAAAUUAUAUUCGAAAGUAAAUUUUUUAUCGAUUAUUAUUCUACAUGAAGAUAUUACUUAUCUGGAUGCUAAUCGAUGGGAAAAAUUAAUUUUACAAUAUUGGCCUCAAUUAGAAAAAUUUUAUUUUCAAUAUUAUGAAUAUAAUGGUGAUGAUAGUGAAUUUCCAUUAUACCUUGCCGAACGAAAUCAAUUUAAUUCGUCAUUUUGGAUUGAACGAAAAUGGGUAUUUAAAGUAGAUAUUUCUUAUAACGAUAUCAUAUAUUCAGUCUGUCCAUACAGACAACGAUGGUAUGAACAUGAUGCACAAUAUAAAAAUAUUAAUUAUUCUAUUGAAUUUUUGAAAUAUAAUCAAUUAACUAUUACAUUGGUUCCUUCUGAUGAAUGUUUUGAAUUAUUUAUUAUCAGUAUCAAUCGUAUUUUAUCUAUAGGUCAAAUUUAUUAUCUUGAAAUUCCAAACAAAAAGAUUUUUAUUGGUAUAUUAAUUCAAAUAAUUGAUUUAUUACCUGAAUUGAAUUCAUUAAAAAUUCAUUCUUUAUCAUUAUCAGAACCAAGAGAUUUAUGUGAAGAUGAAGUUGAUAUUUGUUCUUCAAUGGAAGAAACAAGUAAAAUUACAAAUGUGUAUUUGGAGAAGAUGAUUGACAUUACAGAAGUUUAUUUUCUUAUGGUACUUUGUCCUUAUAUGAAACAUCUCAAAAUCGGAAUAAAUAAUAUGAAUGUUGAAUUAUUUGUACGAAAUAUUUUGAAUAAAAUUAAUAAUGAAUGUAAUGAUCAUCUUCGUUUAUUAUGUUUUCAUGUUCAAGCAGCAGAUGAUAAAAUGAUUAAAAACUUAUACAAAAUGAUUAAUGGUGAAAAACUACUUUUUGAUUAUACAAUUAAACGUUUAUAUGACAAUAUCUAUUUGCAAUGGAAAUAA